AUCUCACCGAACUGCGCUUCUCAUCGUCUCGACUCGUCACUGCCCCUUUGGCUGAUCUUCGUCACUUCGUUUGCCUCAUAGGACUUGCGCUCAGAUGGAGAGCAGCAAGGCUUCUGGCAGCGUGCGCAUUCUCUAUGCCAAGUCCCGCGUCGCCGUCCAUCCUACUCCAUAUGCGGCUCACAAUCAAGUCGGCUUCUUGACACUCCUCCAACGCGCACCGGGUGGUAACGGCGGAAGCAUAGCAAAUGAGGCGUCAUCAUCGCUGCCGACGCUGGCUCAAAGGAACCAACAGGACAUCUUGCUGGCAUGGAUACCAGAGGUGAUGGCCAAGCAGCGUGGGGAUGUGGCGAAGCUUAUCGAAGUGGAGCUCCGAGAGGCAGAGGGGCUGCGCAGCAAUGACGACAAGGGCAGCGAUGACUCGAUACUCAUUGAUUCGGUACCAACAGCAUCAAACUCAACUGCGCCUCCCGGCGGCGAGUCCUCAAUGACGCUUCCGCCCUUCUGUCAAUCCCUAGGGUCCAUUUACUCCAUCUGCAUCACUCCACCGACGGUAUCAAACUGGAAUAGCUCCCUCAUAGUCAAUCUCGUAGGUGGUGAGACGCUCCCGACUCUUUACUUUCACGACGACGAAAGCCGCAAGACGGCGCUUGGCAUACAUCGAGCCAGCAGCACUGCUCUGUCCUCCUCACCGUCUUCAAGCUUGAGCAAUGUGAUUGAGAAUCAAGCAGCAGGAUCUCCUUCAGCUGCACAGCUCUCUACUUCUCCUCCAGCAGCGACCGCAGCGCCAGGCCCCGCCCCCGCCCCCGCCCCCUCGUCGAGCAUCUGGGGAGGUGAUGAGCUCGUUCAGCACCUCCGCAAGUACGCUGUAGUACAUCGCUCAGUGCACGAUCAGCGGACCUUUCUGCUCAAUCCUCAAGCAGCCGACUUGGAGGCUCACAGUACUCCUGUAUGGGCAGAUGACGCCAUCGACGAGCCACCCGCUGCUGCCUCCUCGUCCUCAGCAUUCGACGCCGUCUUCCCGGACGAUCCCUUUUCCCCCACCUAUCCAACGCGCUUCGGUGGUACCGGUCGCCGAUUUGGCGAUGGUGGAGGAAGCAGCCAUGCCUCAUCGCAGCCUGGACAGGGAGGCGAGUCCUUCUCCUCAUGGGCAAAAGCGACCCGCAUGUCCCUACUCAGCCAGUUUUCCCAUGUCACCCGAUCAGCGCGGGACGUCUCACGUCAAGUAAUCGAGCAGCUCCCUGCCCACCAUCAGCAAGCGGCACAUCGCUUCGUCGGGCGUACUCCAGCGGCUGCCCCCACUUUUGCGCAGGCCGGGCCGCUUGGACCAUUUGGAGCUGCUCCUCCCGCCUCCUCUUCGUCUUCGUCUUCAUUGUCGUCGACGGCGGCUGCGGCAAACGCGGAAGAUGUGGCAGAGAAGGCUGGUGUCGCAGAAUACGACUCUGCGCGACUUUAUCUGGCUAAAUGGGCAAGGCUGGUUGCAGAGGAGGGAGAGCGUAAUCGGAAGCGGACAGCGAUGGAACAGGAACAGCAGCAGAAGAGCGUGCACGAUGCUUUGGGCGCAUGGGAAAUGCUCGAUCAUCCAGAUGCUGCGCGCUUCCGGCCAGUGAGGCGAUACGACCCUAUCACUGCAGCUGAGUGGGAGCAGUGGAGUCGCGGUGGGCCUCAGGGGCGCCCGACGGUCUCAUGGCGACACGCAAAGCGAGAGGUCUACAAGCGUGGGCUGGCGCCUAGUGCACGACCGGACGCUUGGCCUGCACUGCUCAACGUCGUGCCGUGGGGAACGGAUGAUGAGGAGAGGGAAAAGACCUGGGAACGAAGGGAGGAUGGAUGGCGCAAAUUGAGAGGCCUAUGGAUUGCGGGCGAGGAGGGUCAAGGGGAGCCGCCAUCUGCCUCGUCGACAGACUCCUCGUUCGAUACCAACACAGGUAGUGAAGAAGCUCACAUGGUGGAAGAGAUGGCUUGCAAGCUCUCCCGUCGGCCUGAUGUACAAGAGCAGCAACAUCGCAUUCGUGUGGAUGUGCUCCGGACAGAUCGCAAGCUACCGCUGUUCAAAGGCAGUGCCGCAGGUGAGGAGAGAAGAGCGACGACCCCGACGAUAGAAGCAGGGCAGGCUUCUCCCUACAACCCGCACUUCGCGCGACUAGAAGAAGUCCUCAUGACCUACACGCUCUACGACACUCUCUUCGUCGGGCAGUCCCGCCGCUGGUCACAUAGUCAGCAGGCAACGCCCUCUGGUUCAUCACCAUCCAGCACGGCCUCGAGUGUCAAGAGCACAGGAACAGCUUCCACUACCUCCGGCCCGCAGCCUUCAAAGGAUGCAUCUCGAUCAUCGACCCUAGAUGACUGCCCACCCAGCUUAGACCUGGACCUUCCCUCCCUCUACCCGCCCCGCCAGCUAGCCCGCCUUGCACAAAGCAAGUUCAUCUCCCAAUCCGAGCUAGGAGGCUACGUACAAGGAAUGUCGGACCUGUGCGCGACCGUCUACUCCGUGUUAGCUCCUCAGCACCCAUCACAUUCAUGCGCGGCAUUCUGGUGCUUCACUGCCCUAAUGUCGCGGAUCCGCUCCAACUUCUUGAGCAGUCAACAGGGCAUCAAGAGCCAGCUGUUGGCACUGCAGGUUCUACUGCGACGGAUGGACGGUGGAUUGUACGGACACCUGGAGAGAACAGGUAGCCUCAACUUAUUCUUCUGCUUCAGGUGGUUAUUAGUUAGAUUCAAGAGAGAGUUCGACCUCGAGGGGGUCGCUAGACUUUGGGAGGCGGGUUGGGCUUUGGAGCCUGGCGUGCAUCAAGAGCACGGAGUACAGGACCACGAUGAUCAAGCAGGUGACCAGGGUCAAGUCCCAUCAACAAGGCACCACCACCUCUUCAUCUGCCUCGCCAUCUUACUCGAGCACAGGGACGCUGUUGUGGGCCAUCUACGGGCAUUCGAUGAGGUAUUAGCCUUCUACCAGAGCUUGAGUGGAUCGAUCGACGUGGAAGAUACGCUGCUGAGGGCGGAGAGGUUGUUGAGGCGGGUGGGGGAGACUUUGGCGGAGCAGGGGCAGGAGGGAGAAGGAAGAGGAGAGGAAGGGAAGACAAAGGGGAUGACGAGUGAGGAGGAUUUGCACGAGCUGAGACGUCUGAUUGAGUAGAGUACAGAGCAUGAAUAAUAUCG